CUUUAUCGUAGCGAUCACCGAAUAUUUAAAUGAUUUUGAAAUGGUCGUGUCUAUAUAUACAGCAAUUGUAGCGCUUUUAUGAUAAUUGCUGACAACAUGCAAAGAGGAGCCGCCAUUCAGUGUUAUGAGUGCAAUUCAGCGUACGAUCCAAGGUGCGGCGAUCAUUUCGAUAAUUUGACGUAUCCUUUAACGGACUGCCGGUACAAGUACAAGGGUCACCUGCAGUUAUAUGGUGCUACGAAAUGCCGGAAAAUGAUCGUCCAAGUGCAUAAUCAUCGACGUAUAAUACGGGAAUGUGCGUUUCUCGGUCAGGUUGGAUAUAAUGACGGACGAUGGUGUCUGGAACGAGUGGGAGCACGCUAUGUUAGCUACAGCGUUUGCUUGUGUGAUAAUAAAGACGGAUGCAAUUCGAGUGGGCUGAAUUCUCAGAAUAUAUUCAACGUUAUCCUUUUCAUCAGUGUAUUUUUAUAAUACGGCAGUACUAAUCGAUAUAUUUCCACUCAUGAUAAACGUUUUUCCAGAACGCAAAGUGAACUUCGUUAGUAGUUAGUAACGUCAAGUUAAAUUGCAUAGAACAGUGUGGUAGCACGCUCGGAAAAUGAUUAAAACAAA